UAGUCCAAUUAAGGCUAAAAUGAGAGUAUUAAGAACAUAUAUAAGGGGGUUUGACGUUUCUGCAUCAUGUCUACCUUCAUCAUCGCAUAUACAGAGCCAGCGCAGGUGGCUUGGCCAGGCGCCAUCAGGACGCAAGAUCGAUUCCGUCGAUGCUGCUUGGGAUGAGGCAAAGAAGUUGUUUUACAAGCCCAGCAUGGGAUACUCCGAGUUCGCCAAGCGUGUUGAUGCACUUAGGAUAUUCGCCUUUUGGGCUAUGAUUACAGGAUUGAGUAUAGAUCUUAUUAUAAAUCCUCCACAAAGCGCAUACUGGUCAAAGUGGAACGUUUUAAAGAUGCCUUCAAGGUUGAUGGAUAAAUUUGGCCAUAAAUCUAAGCAAGACGUAAUGAGCAAUGCAGUUGAAUUGGACCAGGACCACCUAACUGAGGCUGUCAGGGAGUACCACCGUGUUUGCAAUGUAUAAGACAUGCCACAGCGUUUGUACAACUAACAUUAAUACU